AUGAAGUGGGUAACAUUAAUUUCGUUUCUUUUCCUCCUAAGUUCUGCCAAGUCUAGGAAUCUGCAAAGAGUUGCUCGAGAUGCAGAGCACAAGAGUGAGAUUGCCCAUCGCUACCAGGAUUUGAAGUCCGAGACAUUUAAGGCAGUUUCCAUGAUCACAUUCGCCCAGUAUCUCCAGAAAUGUUCAUAUGAGGGACUGUCUAAGCUGGUGAAGGAUAUUGAUGAUCUGGCACAGAAGUGUGUGGCCGAUGAGAAUGCUCCUGAAUGCUCAAAACCACUGCCCACCAUUUUCCUGGAUGAAAUCUGCCAAAUGGAAAAGCUCCGUGACUCAUAUGGUGCAAUGGCCGAUUGCUGUAGUAAAGCUGAUCCUGAGAGAAACACGUGUUUCCUGUCAUUUAAAGUUUCCCAACCAGACUUUAUUAAGCCAUAUGAAAGACCAGCUGCUGAUGUGAUAUGCAAGGAGUACCAGGACAACCGGGUGUCACUCCUGGGACAUUUCAUCUAUUCUGUUGCAAGAAGAAACCCCUUCUUGUAUGCUCCAUCAAUCCUCAGCCUGGCUGCUGAUUACGAACAUGCACUUCAGCGGUGUUGUAAAGAGAGUGAUAUCGAUGUUUGCUUGGAUGAAGAGAAAACUGCUAUAAAACAAAAGGCCAAGAAAGUAGACAUGAAGCAUCGGUAUGCUUGUGGAAUCCUCGAGAAGUAUGGAGAAAGAACUUUCAAAGCAAUUAAACUCACUGCUGUGAGCCAGAAAUUUCCCAAUGCUCCAUUAUCUGAAGUUCGUAAAGUUGUAAAUGACAUGAAGGGUAUCUACGAAGAGUGCUGUGCAGGGGACAUGGUAGAGUGCAUGGAUGACAGGGCAGAGCUUAUGACCUACAUAUGCUCUAAACAAGAUGUUUUCUCAAGUAAAAUCAAAGACUGCUGUGAAAGGCCAGUUGUGGAACGAAGCCAGUGCAUUACUGAAGCUGAGUUUGAUGACAAACCUGAAGAUCUUCCUUCACUAGUUGAAAGAUACAUAGAAGAUAAGGAAGUGUGCAAAAGCUUUGAUGCAGACCAUGAUGGAUUCUUGUCAGAGUUUGUUUAUGAAUACUCACGAAGACACCCUGAGUUCUCCAAACAGCUGAUUCUGAGAGUUGCUAAGGGGUAUGAAACACUCCUGGAGAAGUGCUGCAAAACAGACAACCCUGCUGAGUGCUACGCAAAUGCUCAAGAGGAGUUGAACAAACAUAUCCAAGAAACUCAGGAUGUUGUAAAGACAAACUGUGACCUUCUCAGUACCCAUGGCGAGGCAGAGUUCCUUAAAGCGCUUCUGAUCCGCUACACUAAGAAAAUGCCCCAGGUAUCAACAGAUACCUUGCUUGAAAUUGGAAAGAGAAUGACAGGCAUUGGUACCAAGUGCUGCCACCUUCCUGAAAACAAACGCCUGUCAUGUUCUGAGGGAUAUCUGAACAUUGUGAUCCAAGAUAUGUGCAAAAAACAGGAGACCACACCUAUAAAUGAAAAUGUUGCACGCUGCUGCAGUGAGUCUUACUCUUACAGGAGACCAUGUUUCUCUGCCAUGGAAGUAGACACCAGCUACACACCUCCUGCAUUUAACCCUGAGAUGUUCAACUUUGAUGCACAAUUGUGCACUGCUCCUGCUGCUGAUCGGGAAACAGGGCAGCUGAAAUUGCUUAUCAACCUCAUUAAGCGCAAGCCCCAGAUGACAGAAGAACAACUAAAGACAAUUUCUGAUGGUUUCACUGCCAUGGUAGACAAGUGCUGCAAGCAAACAGACAUUGACACGUGCUUCGGGGAAGAGGGUGCAAACCUGAUAGUCCAGAGCAGAGCCACAUUAGGAAUUGGCGUUUAACAUGCGGUUGCCAGUGGAGAAAAUAUGAAGAAACGGUAACUUCUGCCCUUCACCUUUUUUCUUUUGCUAUGGA